GAGCACCGACGUUAAAUCUCCAGCAGCUGCGCUUUUCGGUCUCGGCUAUGGGGGCGUCCAAGAGUAAGUCCAAGGAUGUCGGCCAGCGGACCCGCAGCCUUGAUGGAAACCCUGGCCCAGGAGGAGGUUCAAGCAGUCAGCACCACAACUCUGCUCAACAGUCCUUGUCACCCAACCGUAGCCCCACUGUGGACAGCGGUCUCAACAGCAAUAAGUCGAUGAACAAAACUCCAGAACUGGCCCUGUUUGGAGGCGCAGACAAUAAUAGUUACAGUUCUACUAACAGAGUCACUCAAGCAGUGGGUGUGAUGACAUUUGUGGCCUUGUAUAACUACGAGGCUCGAACAAACUCGGAUCUGUCUUUCAGGAAGGGCGAACACCUCCAGAUAGUAAACAAUACAGAAGGGGACUGGUGGCUGGCGCGCUCCCUGACCACUGGAGAGACUGGUUAUAUCCCCAGCAAUUUUGUGGCUCCAGCUGACUCCAUCCAGGCAGAAGAGUGGUACUUUGGCAAAAUCACACGUCGUGAUUCUGAAAGGAUGCUGCUUCAUUUGGAAAACAAGAGAGGGACUUUCCUGGUGAGAGAAAGUGAAACAUCCAAAGGUGCCUACUGUCUGUCUAUGUUGGACUACGACAACGUUAAGGGGCUGACCAUAAAACACUACAAGAUCAGGAAGCUGGACAGUGGGGGCUUCUACAUCACCUCCCGGACACAGUUCAGCUCCCUGCAGCAGCUCGUCAAUCAUUACUGCAAGCAUGCUGAUGGACUGUGUCACGUUCUGACGGACGUUUGUCCCUUACCGAGUCCUCAGACUCAGGGCUUGGCCAAGGACGCCUGGGAGAUCCCCAGAGAGUCCCUUCGGCUUGACGUAAAGCUCGGGCAGGGUUGCUUCGGAGAGGUCUGGAUGGGAACGUGGAACGGUACGACUCGGGUGGCAAUCAAAACCUUGAAGCCCGGCACCAUGUCGCCAGAGGCCUUCCUGGAAGAAGCUCAGGUCAUGAAGAAACUGAGACAUGAGAAGCUGGUCCAGCUCUAUGCCGUGGUGUCUGAGGAGCCCAUCUACAUUGUGACAGAGUACAUGAGCAAAGGCAGCUUAUUGGAUUUUCUGAAAGGAAACUUGGGAAAUAUCCUGCGCCUCCCUCAGCUGGUGGAUAUGGCCUCACAGAUUGCUUCAGGGAUGGCCUACGUGGAGAGGAUGAACUACGUGCACAGAGACCUGCGAGCUGCAAACAUUCUCGUGGGAGAAAACCUGAUUUGUAAAGUUGCUGAUUUUGGUCUGGCUCGCCUCAUCGAAGACAAUGAAUAUACUGCUAGGCAAGGAGCCAAGUUUCCCAUCAAGUGGACGGCUCCUGAGGCUGCACUUUACGGCCGCUUCACCAUCAAAUCUGACGUGUGGUCAUUUGGGAUCCUGCUGACUGAACUGGCCACUAAAGGCCGAGUGCCAUACCCAGGUAUGGUGAACCGGGAGGUGUUGGAUCAGGUGGAGCGGGGCUACAGGAUGCCGUGUCCUGCCGAGUGUCCUGGGUCCCUCCAUGAGCUUAUGCUAACCUGCUGGAGGAAAGAGCCAGAGGAGAGGCCCACCUUUGAGUACCUGCAGGGUUUCUUGGAGGAUUACUUCACCUCCACGGAGCCUCAGUACCAGCCCGGAGAGAUCCUGUAACUGGGCCGUUUGUUCACUCAU